AUGCAAUACAAUAUACUAGCAAUAUCUGGUACAACGUCGCAGCUCGACCUUCUGGUCUCAAUUAACUUGAUAAUGAUUGCUACAAGCAGCACACAUUCCGACAACACUACCCUGCCGUCUAUUGCACCUGAAGCAAGAGUCUUCUCAUUUUCACAGAUUCUUCUCACGUUUCACACAUCCAAGGCGCAACAACGUUCUUCACAGGUACGGUAUACUCCAUCACCUUUAGCACCUCCUCGUUAUGAUGAUAACAGCUUAUCCAUUCCAUGA